AUGAAUAAAAAGAAAUUCAAAAGAAUUUUCUUCAUUUUUAUUCAUAUUAUUUGUUACUUUUCCAUUUUAAUUAAUUCUAUGAAUAAAAGAAAAAAUAACAAAAAAACAAAUUUUAAAAUAAAAAGAUUAAUUUUAUUGAAGGAAAAAAAAUUACACAAAAUUAAAUCAAACUUUAUAUUAUAUAUAAAAAAUUAUGAAUUAAGAAAUAAAAAAAGAAAAAAUAAUUUAAAUGAUAUUUUUAAUCAACUAUCAGGAAAUAAAAAUCAUGAAAAUUUAAAUAUUGAACAUUACAAUUUAACACCAAAAUUAAAAAAAACCGUUCAGUUUUUCCAAUCAAUGCCUAAUAAUCCUUAUUAUAAAAGUCAACAAGUAAUAUUAUUAGGUAAGAAAUGUUCACCAAUGCCAUGUGAAUUUAAAACUAGACAGAAUCAAGUCUUGGGGUGUCAAUCAACUGUUUAUAUAUAUCCAAAUGUAGAAUUAAAUGAAAAUAAGAAAUCAAUAGUAUGGUUAGGAGAUUCAGACGGAUUACUAACAAAAGGAAUUGUUUAUAUUUUAAUUGAUGGCUUAAGUGGAUACUCACCUGAAGAAAUCUUAAAAGUAAACCCAAACUUUAUUACUUUAACAGGUAUUUCUGAAUUUUUAACAAUGAGCAGAAUAAAUGGAUAUUUAAAUAUUAUGAAUAAAAUAAAAAUGUUUUCAACGAAUAUUUUAAAAAAUAUAGAAAAGUAA